GACCCGGCGUGUUUGUGGACUUGGUUGUGACUCAGUCCCUUUCACACGGCGUUUCAAAGGCAGACCUGCAAGCCUUGUCGGGAAGAGAAAGAACUCGGGGGCGGGGGAGGCUCGGGCGCCGCGUUUCCGUCCCGCCGCGCUCGCUCGCGCUGCCCCUGAGCUCCAGGCUCGCGCAGCGGCGUUUCAUUAGAGACCCGGCCCGGGCCGCGCGCCUGGAACUUCCCCGCCGGGAGCGGGACUGACGCUCCCCCGCGCCCCGCCCCGGCCCGGCUCCGGGCCUCGCAAUGUCAGGCAGGCGCGCCGCAGCCUAAAAUGGAUCCCGGCCGGGGCGGCGAGCUCCGGGUCCCCGAGGCUCCGCGCUGCGCCCGGGCGCACACGCACGCCCUGACCGCCGGCCGCUCCCGGGCCACGCGGAGCCGCCCCUCUCCCUGCCCUCGCGCAACUGUCAGGCGAAACGGGCCGGCGGAUAUUGGCUCGGCGACACGCUGAGGCUCCUCCCCGAGUCUGGAUCUUUAUAUUUUGGGAGAAUUUCUUUGAACUCAGUUAGCAAGCUCGGGGAAGGAGGCAAGUUCCCGCAGCCGGCUCGGCUCGGCUCGGAGGGCUCGCCCACCCUCCUGCAGCUGCCGCGUGCCCUGAUUGUGUCCCUCUCCUCCCUCGUGGGGGGAACGGACCGACUUGGCUGCAGAAAAUGCCAAUUACAUGGAUGUGACCGUGAAAAGGGAACGUGCGACUGCAAGAGGCAGAAGGGGACGAGGAAAAGCAUUAUUUGAAGAGAAGAAUAAACCAGCCACCCCGACCCUUUCUGCAAACUGGUGCUAUUCCUCGUGGGGUCCAUUUGCUUUCAUUCCUUCCCACCCCACCCCUUAAGAAACCCUGACUUGAGGGCCAAGAGCCAGCCCCCUGCAGCCGGGGGACGCUUCUGGGCUGGAAGACCUUCUGGAUGUAGCGCUGCUGGAACCUUUAGCUACUCUCCUCUGCAAACGCCACCAUGAAUUCGGUCGCUGGGAAUAAAGAGAGGCUUGCCGUCUCCACCAGGGGCAAGAAAUACGGGGUGAAUGAAGUCGGCUCGCCCACCAAGCCCGCAGCGCCCUUCUCCCCCGAGAGCUGGUACCGGAAAGCCUACGAGGAGUCGCGCGCCGGGAGCCGGCCCACUCCCGAGGGCGCGGGCUCCGCGCUGGGCUCAUCGGGGACCCCGUCCCCCGGCUCGGGCACCUCGUCCCCGAGCUCCUUCACCGGUUCCCCGGGCCCCGCCUCCCCGGGCAUCGGCACGAGUUCCCCAGGCUCCCUGGGCGGCUCGCCAGGCUUCGGCACGGGCUCCCCGGGCUCCGGCAGCGGCGGCGGCUCCUCCCCCGGCUCGGACCGCGGCGUCUGGUGCGAGAACUGCAACGCCCGCCUGGUGGAGCUCAAGAGGCAGGCCCUGAAGCUGCUCCUCCCGGGGCCCUUCCCCGGCAAGGACCCUGCUUUCUCAGCUGUGAUUCACGACAAACUCCAGGUCCCCAACACCAUCCGGAAGGCGUGGAAUGACCGGGACAACCGCUGUGACGUUUGCGCCACUCACCUGAACCAGCUGAAGCAGGAGGCCGUCCAGAUGGUGCUGGCCUUGGGGCAGGCCGCUGGCAGCGAGCACUACGACGCCUCGCCCGGCUCGCCCCCGCCGCUCUUCAACAUCCCCACCCUGGGGGGGUCCCGGCACGUGGGCGGGCUCCAGCAGCCCAGGGACUGGGCCUUUGUGCCCGCCCCCUAUGCCACCUCCAACUACACAGGCCUCGCCAACAAGCACAGCAGCAAACCCAGCAGCCUUGGGGUCAGCAAUGGGGCGGAAAAGAAGAGCGGGUCCCCAACUUACCAGGCCAAGGCCAGCCUCCAGAUGGCCACCAGUCCAAGCAAUGGGAACAUCCUCAAUUCAGUGGCCAUCCAGGCUCACCAGUACCUGGAAGGCACCUGGUCCCUGUCGAGGACCAACGGGGUCACCCUGUACCCAUACCAGAUCUCCCAGCUGAUGACAGAGAGUGGCCGGGAGGGACUGACCGAAGCCGUGCUGAACCGCUACAAUGCAGACAAGCCUUCCGCCUGCAGCGUCCCCACCUCGCAGGGCACCUGCUUGGCCAGCGAGACUUCUGCAGGCACCUCGGUGGCAGCUUCCUUCUUUGCACGAGCUGCCCAGAAGUUAAAUCUGUCAUCUAAAAAGAAGAAACACCGGCCUUCCGCUUCUUCUGCUGCUGAGCCGCCGCUUUUCGCCACCAGCUUCAGCGCGAUUCUGCAAACCUCCCCUCCCCCAGCCCCGCCCUGUCUGCUGAGAGCUGUCAACAAGGUGAAGGACACCCCGGGUCUGGGCAAGGUGAAAGUCAUGCUUCGUGUCUGUUCCACCUUGGCUCGAGAUACCUCGGAAUCCAGCUCUUUCUUAAAGGUGGACCCACGGAAGAAGCAGAUCACCUUGUACGAUCCUCUGACUUGUGGAGGUCAAAAUGCCUUUUCCAAGAGAGGCAACCAGGUUCCUCCAAAGAUGUUUGCCUUUGACGCGGUCUUUCCACAAGAUGCUUCUCAGGCUGAAGUGUGUGCGGGCACCGUGGCGGAGGUGAUCCAGUCUGUGGUCAACGGGGCAGACGGCUGCGUGUUCUGUUUCGGCCACGCCAAGCUGGGAAAGUCCUACACCAUGAUCGGCAAGGACGACUCCAUGCAGGGCCUGGGCGUCAUCCCCUGCGCCAUCUCUUGGCUCUUCAAGCUCAUAAACGAACGGAAGGAAAAGACCGGCACCCGCUUCUCAGUCCGGAUCUCGGCCGUGGAAGUGCGGGGGAAGGAGGAGAGCCUGCGGGACCUGCUGUCGGAGGUGGCCACGGGCAGCCUGCAGGACGGCCAGUCCCCGGGCGUGUACCUGUGUGAGGACCCCAUCUGCGGCACGCAGCUGCAGAACCAGAGCGAGCUGCGGGCCCCCACCGCGGAGAAGGCCGCCUUCUUCCUGGACGCCGCCAUCGCCUCCCGCAGGAGCCACCAGCAGGACUGUGACGAGGACGAUCGCCGUAACUCACACAUGUUCUUCACGCUGCACAUCUACCAGUACCGGAUGGAGAAGAGCGGGAAGGGCGGAAUGUCUGGAGGUCGCAGCCGCCUGCAUCUCAUCGAUCUCGGCAGCUGUGUGAAAGCACUUAGCAAAAAUCGGGACGGAGGCUCAGGGCUGUGCCUCUCACUGUCUGCUCUGGGCAAUGUCAUCCUGGCACUCGUCAAUGGCAGCAAACACAUUCCAUACAAAGAGAGCAAGCUCGCCAUGCUGCUGCGGGAGUCUCUGGGGAACAUGAACUGCCGCACCACCAUGAUCGCGCACAUCUCGGCGGCGGCCGGGAACUAUGCGGAGACCCUGUCCACCAUCCAGAUCGCGUCGAGAGUCUUGAGGAUGAAGAAGAAGAAGACAAAGUACACGUCCAGCUCCUCCGGGGGCGAGAGCUCCUGUGAAGAAGGCCGCAUGCGCAGGCCCACCCAGCUGAGACCCUUCCACGCCAGGGCCACAGGGGACGCGGACUUCCCCAUCGCCCACCUGUCCAGCGACCCCGACUACUCCUCCAGCAGCGAGCAGUCCUGUGACACUGUCAUCUACAUCGGGCCCAAUGGCACAGCCCUGUCGGACAAGGAGCUCACCGACAACGAGGGCCCCCCUGACUUUGUCCCUAUCGUGCCAGCCCUGCAGAAGACCCAGGGCGACAGCAGGCCCGCAGAGGCAGGAGAGGCUGCGGCCAGCGAGUCAGAAAGGGACUGCCUGAAGUGCAAUACAUUUGCCGAGCUACAGGAGAGGCUGGACUGCAUUGACGGCAGCGAGGAGCCCAGCAAGUUUCCCUUCGAAGAACUGCCUGCUCAGUUUGCGGCAGAGCCGGCCAGCAGAGCCCUGCCGUUAAGCCAAGCAGCUGGGGCAAGCCCACUCUCUGAGUCCGAUGGGGAAGAUAAUGGGUCCGAAGGUCAGCUGACCGACGGAGAAGGCCCUGAAAACCCGGCCUCCAAGAUGCAGAGGAGUCACUCGCCCAUGCCCGCCUCAGCACCCGCCCACAGCCCCAGCCCAGCCUCGCCCAGGAGCAUCCCGGGCAGCAGCCAGCACGGCGCCUCCCCACUGGUGCAGAGCCCCAGCCUGCAGAGCAGCCGGGAGAGCCUGAACUCCUGCGGCUUCAUGGACGGCAAGCCCAGGCCCAUGGGCUCCCCCCGGCUGGGCAUUGCCAGCUUGUCCAAGACCUCAGAGUACAAGCCACCCAGCUCUCCUUCCCAGAGGUGCAAAGUCUACACCCAGAAGGGGGUCCUGCCGUCUCCCGCCCCCCUGCCUCCAUCGAGCAAGGAUUCCGGCAUGGUGUGUAGUGAGUCCUUGCUGCAGCCCGAGGUGCGUACUCCCCCGGUCGGAAUGAGCCCCCAGGUUUUGAAAAAGUCCAUGUCUGCUGGAAGUAAAGGGUUCCCAGAAACUCCUGUGGAUGAUGAGCCUCAAGCAGUGACUCCUCCAGAUUCCAAGAAUGAGAUCCUGAGCACCACGAUGGUGACCGUGCAGCAGCCGCUGGAGCUGAACGGUGAGGACGAGCUGGUGUUCACGCUGGUGGAGGAGCUGACCAUCAGCGGGGUCCUGGACAGCGGCCGCCCCACCAGCAUCAUCAGCUUCAACAGCGACUGCUCCGUGCAGGCCCUGGCCUCGGGCUCGCGGCCCGUCAGCAUCAUCAGCAGCGUCAGCGAGGACCUGGAGUGCUACUCCAGCGUGGCCCCGGUCUCUGAGGUCAGCAUCACACAGUUCUUGCCCCUCCCGAAGAUCAGCCUGGAUGAGAAGGCCCAGGAGGCAGGGAGCAGACGCUCUUCCAUCAGCUCCUGGCUGAGCGAGAUGAGCGCGGGCAGCGAAGGCGAGCAGUCGUGCCACAGCUUCAUAGCCCAGACGUGUUUUGGGCACGGGGAGGCAAUGGCAGAACCCACGGCCUCGGAGUUUGUCAGCAGCAUCCAGAACACGGCUGUGGUGUGCAGAGAAAAGCCCACGGCCGGCCCCGACAACUUGCUCAUCCUGUCUGAGAUGGGGGAUGACUCUUUCAACAAAGCCACCCCCAUCAAAGGCUGCAAAAUAUCCACCCUGGGCAAGGCCAUGGUCACCAUCUCCAACACGGCGAAUCUCAGCAGCUGCGAGGGUUACAUCCCCAUGAAGACCAAUAUCACCGUUUACCCCUGCCUCGCCAUGAGCCCCCGGAGCAUCCAAGAGCCCGAGGCUGCCACUGCCACCCCCAAAGCAGGCCCCACAUCAGCCCAGUCCCAGGAGAGUAAGGAAAACAGUGCAAAGAAAGAGAUGAAGUUUGAGGACCCCUGGCUGAAACGAGAAGAGGAAGUAAAAAAAGAGAACGCUCAUCCCAAUGAAGAUGGGAUUAGGUGUGAGAGUGCCACGGGUCCCUCGAAGGCUGAGCCCAGGGCAGAGCAGGAGCAGGACAGAAAGCCCAGCCCGGACGACAGGCUCAGCAGCAGCAGCGGGGAGGUUGCCGACAGUUUCAGGAGGGUCGUGGAUGGGUGUGAGAUGGCCCUGCCUGGUUUGGCCACCCAGAGCCCCGUGCGUGCCAACAGAAGUGUCAAGUCCAGCAGCCUUCCUAGGGCAUUUCAGAAGGCCAGCCGGCAGGAGGAGCCCGACAGCCUCCUCUAUUACUCUGCUGCUGAGACCAACGGGGUGGGCGCAGCCUCGGGCACCCAGCCCUCCAAGGGUACGCUGGAGAGGAAGGUGGCUUCCCCCAAGCACUGUGUCCUGGCUCGGCCCAAAGGGACUCCCCCUCUGCCCCCUGUCCGAAAGUCCAGCCUGGACCAGAAGAACCGGGCCAGCCCCCAGCACAGCGCCAGCAGCAGCGGCACCAGCAGCCCCCUGAACCAGCCAGCCGCCUUCCUGGCGGGCCUCCCAGAUGAGCCCAGCGGCAAGAUGAAGGAUGCCAGCAGCAGCAGCAGCAGCAGCAGCAAGCUCUUCAGUGCCAAGCUGGAGCAGCUGGCCGGCAGGACCAACUCUCUGGGCAGGUCGACGGUCAGCCACUACGAAUGCCUCUCCCUGGAGCGGGCCGAGAGCCUGUCCUCCGUGAGCUCCCGGCUGCACGCGGGCAAGGACAGCACCAUGCCCCGCGUGGGGAGGACCCUGGGCCGCGGCGCGGGAACCUCGCCCCCCAGCUCCUCGGCCGGGGCCUCGCCCAAGGCCAGCCAGGCCAAGGUCUCCGCCGUGAGCAAACUCCUCCUGGCCAGCCCCAAGGCGCGCAGCCUGUCCGCGUCCGCCACCCGAACCCUCAGCUUCUCCACCAAGUCUCUGCCGCAGUCGGUGGGCCAGAGCCCCGGCGCGCCCGCGGGCGGGAAGCCCCUGUCCUGGUCCACGCAGUCGCUCAGCAGGACCCGCAGCGCGGGCCUGGCCUCCAAGCUGCCCCUGCGCGCCGUCCACGGGCGCAUCUCGGAGCUGCUGCAGGGCGGCGCGCGCGGCGGGGCCCCGGCGGGGGAGCGGCCCGAGGACAGGCCCGCGCUGCCGUCGCCCUACAGCAAGAUCACGGCCCCGCGGAGGCCGCACCGCUGCAGCAGCGGCCACGGCAGCGACAACAGCAGCGUGCUGAGCGGGGAGCUCCCGCCGGCCAUGGGGAAGACGGCCCUGUUCUACCACAGCGGCGGCAGCAGCGGCUACGAGAGCAUGAUGCGGGACAGCGAGGCCACCGGGAGCGCGUCGUCGGCGCAGGACUCCACCAGCGAGCACAGCGGCUCCGCGGGCGGCCGCUGCCGCAGCCUCAAGGCCCCGAAGAAGCGGCCCGGUGCAGGUUCUCAGAGACGGAGGCUCAUCCCAGCACUGUCCCUGGACACCUCUUCCCCGGUGAGAAAACCCACCAACAGCACAGGCAUCCGCUGGGUGGACGGCCCCUUGCGCAGCAGCAGCCAGAGGGGCCUCGGGGAGCCCUUUGAGAUUAAAGUCUAUGAAAUCGAUGACGUGGAGCGCCUGCAGCGGCGGCGAGGGGGCAGCAGCAAGGAGGUCCUGUGCUUCAACGCAAAGCUGAAAAUCCUGGAGCACCGCCAGCAGAGGAUCGCCGAGGUCCGCGCCAAGUACGAGUGGCUGAUGAAGGAGCUGGAGACAACCAAGCAGUAUCUGAUGCUGGAUCCCAACAAGUGGCUCAGUGAAUUUGACCUGGAGCAGGUCUGGGAGCUGGGUUCGCUGGAGGCCCUGGAGUGCGUGACAGCGCGCCUGGAGAGCCGCGUCAACUUCUGCAAGGCCCACCUCAUGAUGAUCACCUGCUUUGAUGUCACCUCCAGGCGCCGGUAGAGGGCCAGACGCUUGUCCUCGCGGGCCCCCCGCUCCCUGGGACUUCAGAGACGUCGCACGCCCCUCGGCCCUCCGUGCCGGAGCAUCAGAGACAAUGAAUGAGGAUGAAGGUUGGUGGGAAGUCUGGAGCGAGAGUUGAGCGGAAGGCGAGUUUUCUUUUGUUUUCUGUAGGAAGGGGGCAAACGCCAAACCCCCGUGGAAGGAGAAGAAGGUGGGAAGCCCGAGGGGUGUCCACGCCCUGCGAGACUGAAAAAGCACUUUGAGGACCUUUACAGACCUUGUUUGUACAUAAGAACUGCGAGCGAAAGAGACCUCACUCCUGCUUUCGUGAGAAAGGAGUGGGGUGGACGUGGGAUUGCUGGGGAAUGUGAACACAGAACGAGAAAGACCCAGAGGGACUGAUGAAGUGCCUUGCAAAUCUUUAUUAGCCAAACGUUUAUGUGCAUACUUGCUUGUGUACAGAUGGUGCUAGUCAAGAUGAAAACAACAAAACAAAACAUUUUCGAAACGUAUUAUUUACAGCUCGUUUUCUCUUGGUGUUUUAUCCUACUUCUGACUUGCUGUUUUUAAGUUGUGUUUGUAGAGAUAUUUCCUAAUCAAUCAAUCAUCAAUCAGUAUUGCUUAUGAAUAAAUGUUAACAACUGUCCUCUAUGGUGAUUCUGGUAAGGCCGCUCAGAACACAGAGACUUCCUCGGUACGAGCCAGUGUGGGCGCUUCUGAAGCAGGUUCGCAGCAGCAGGUGACCCUGAUGUCACAUCCCACAAGCAGCAUGGUCAGGGCAGUCCCAGAAGGUUGACGCGGGGCAGGCGCAGUAGAGAACAGGAGAGGAGACGGGCCUGCAGCGCUGCGGACGAGGAGUCCUUUGCCGCCUGGGUCCCCCUGCCCUUGGAGGUGGGCUGGCCGGCUGUUCUGUAUAGAGCUGGCCCUUUGGUCCUCACACAUGUGGUUCCACAGAUCCACAGUUUCUAUGGCCCUCAAAAUUCAUACUCAUUUUUAUUCCAAAGCCUUGAAGGAAAGCUUGAACCAAUUCACCAGAGCCAUAUUUCUUUCUUCUUUUCUGGUGGUGUGAAUUUAUUAAAGUGGGUUUUCCCAGCUGAGAGACCUUGUCAGGUGUGUAUACUCAGAGACUCCAACUGUAUUCAAUUAGAACAAGGAUUCUUGAGACUGUACAACUUGUCUGUUGUCCAGAGUACCCGGAUUUCAGCUCUCCUGUGUCCCAAAGCCUCUAUACCAAGAAGGGACAGGCUUGUCCUCUCGGCCUUUGCCUCUACCCAAAGGCAGAACCUAGAGUCGAAUGACUAUGGGAGUCCAGGGCUUGUCUCCCAACAACUCAGGACCUCAAAUUCACAUGUUCCUCCCUCUAACAAUUCCCUUAGGAAUUAUUAUACCCAUUUCAGUGAUGGAAACCUGGGGUACAGAGUGGUCAAGGGAUUCGCCUGAUAAAAGCUGUGGUGCUGAGAGCAUAGCCCAGAAUCCAAGAGUCCCUGCAGCCUUCACGUGUAGGAUGGUGCUUAGGGGUUUGCAGAGUAUGGUCCGCUUUCGCCCUCAAAUGCGGCAUAUCUUCAUGAGCCUAUUUACAAGCUAGGCUGUCUUCACUAAGCAACAACUCAGCCCUAGCCACUCCCCAAGGGGAAAAGAACCCGCUGCAUUUCCUGGUCAGUGUGUCUCUGGACACUGCAGCCCACACAGCUGGCUAAACAGCAGCAUGUCUGAGCUGCUCGGUAAACAGGGACUGAAGCCUCGUGAGCCUCACACGACCCGAUCCUGUGUUACCAGAGCAGGGUUCAGGUAGCCCUGUUGGCUCCUGUGGUUUGAAGCCAGCUCCCUGGGUCAUGAGUCUGGCUUCGCACUUCUGUAAGAGUCUGCUCCUACGCGAACAGGAGACAGGCCCAAAUCUGCUAGUGGAGCAGGCUGGACGACGGCGAGAGGCUUCCCUGGAUGGCUCCUUCUCCCCUCUGCAUAGCUCCCAGGUCUGACAAGUUCACUGCCCUGAGAAGCAGGCCCUCCCUAAGCUCCUGCACCUCCCCGCGUUCUGCAGGACAGUCCCACGCUCUGGGCUCGCCUCUGGCCUCUCAGCACUGUGUAAGUGGGCUUCCUUAACAGAAAUACCCUUGGAGCUUCUGGGCCAGAAGGGAAGCCGAUCCUCUGGUUUCCAUUGGGCAUCUCCUGGUUGCUGGUUUCAAACACAUACUUCAUGUGUUUGAGCUUUUCACCUUUAAUUUGAGCUUUUCAAAGGUGCCUAUUCUGUUUUUGUUGAAACAAACUCAUCUGAUUAGUCAUCAGGGAGCCUGCUGUUCGCCCUGCCACAUUUUCCCGAGGCUGCCACGCUGCACUGACUCUAGCAGGCCGAGGACGGGGCCUGGUGCCCUUCCCGGACGGAAACCAGAGGGAUCCUUCCUGGGGGAGUGGCGUCCGGCUUCCCUCCUGCCCAAGUCUGCUUUGAUCCGUUUGUAGCAACUUUAUGCUAUAACAAAAGGUUGAAUGAAACCAAGAGUUCUCUUACCAAGUCAGACUGGCUUCCCGAGAUGCGAGUCGCAGAACCCCUCGCAGGAUCCCCAGGCCGUGUGAAGGACACUCCACACUGAUGUCGUCCAUUCUCUCUCUCUUCUCCUUUUUUUGACCUAAAUAAGCUGCAGACAUCUUAAUUUACCAAUAUCGAGAAAGCACGUGAAGAAAUCAUGCAUUUUACCUUAUGAUGGGCUCGUUCCUGUCUCUGCCCGUACGUUGACUACAGUGACGACGAAGGAAGGAAUCUGGACUGACCACUCUGAAGCAUCCCAACAGCUGAAGGAUGCCUCAGACAGUGACCGGAAGUGAAAGGGUUCCAGGUCUUGCGGUUUUGGUGACAGGUAACCCAAAAGGCAAGGGAAUUGUCAAAGAGCCCAUUUCUAUAAUUACCCACAAAUGAAGGGCCUAGAAAAAAACCCUGAUCUGAAAUUAACAUUUAGAUGCACAGGUCUUAAUUCCUUGUCUACAACCUGUCCUCCUUACCCCUGCUCCAAAUACAUGAGUGUGAGGCGGUAGCGUGAGCAGCAGAGCAAAACUAAGAAGGAACAGAGGGCAAUGGUGACAUGGUUUCCCUGGGAGUAAGUCCGCACUGCGUUCGUGCUGGGGCUGCCUGCUGCCUGGGAGCGGCGGUGUGCUUCAGCAUGGGCUUCCAGGCCCCACCUAAGAGCUGCGAACUUUCAUCUUCUUGUCCUUGAACUCCCCUCGACAUCAUGAGGAAGCUGUCUCUAACUUCCAUCUCUUCCGGAUUUGAAAUCAGAACACCCUGCCUGGCGUUUACUUGCCAACUGCCAUCCUGAACAUGGGGGAGCGUGAAGGUGCAAACGCAGAGACGUGUCCGUCGUGACGAAGGUGGGAAUCGCACCAGGAGCCCUGAGCCCAAGGAGGGCUCCUCGCGUGAGAAGCUGGGAUAAAAAGCCAUGUGUGGCAGCAUGGGGAAUUCCGCAGGCAGGAACCCGGCCCGGUUUGUUGCAAAUUAGCCUUAAUCUUGAAGUCGAAUACAUUCUUCUAAGGCGGAGUGACUUCGGUCCGGCCACAUCUACCGUCCAGGGUGGAGGUUCAGAACGCCUUACACACACCUACAGAUCUAUGCCUGCUGCUCAGAUUUCUGUUAAAGACAUCUCAGAGUUGUUUGUGUUGACAAAAAAUGCAGUUGUGCCCACCUGGGUGUGUGUCUCAUGUCCCUGUAAAGCAGCCACGUUCUGUGGGCAGAAGGUAAGGCUGACGGGUCUGUGCAUUUGUUCAAAGCAAACUCAGCCACCUAGACCAGCAGCCACUGCUGAUUCUAGUGAGUGUUGUUAGGUUUCCUAUGCCACAAAGGAUUUUAGACUGUAAAACCAAUGACUAAAGAUGAGUUAAUUUCCAAACUAAAAACGGAAGGAUUCCUGCCUUUACUCACUGUCCUUUCCUGCUGGACUCGUAAGGCCUUACUGGACCUCAGACAAAAGGAGUUCCUCGCUUCUGAUGAUAGUAUGUCACCCUGAGACCCUGCCAGUGAGAAACAGGUUGAAAGUCCUGCUUGCUAUUAGUUGAGGUUAAGCCGUCUGCCGCCACUGUCCCUGGGCCUCCAGGCUGCCACCAGGGUGUGUGGCCCAGCUGUCCCCUCAUUGAGGGACACUCUUCAAUGCCACCACAUGGGAGUCUUCUGGGUGGGGUGGAAAAGCCAGCGCAGCCCACUUUUCUCUGCGCCAAAUGAAACAGAGCUGGGUGUUCAGUGUGACGGAUGCAUGUAAAUGCGUCUCAAAUUUAGGGGGCUGGGGGGGGCAGGUGGUAGGAAUGCAGUAUAUCUUUGGAUUCUAAUGUCUCUUUUUUCCACCUCCAGAAAGUAGCUGUCAACACUGGUGGGUAACAACUGAUACACUGUAUCACUUAGCAAUCUUUCAGACAAAAGGUCACACUUUAAAAUUACAGCGUGUUCAUGAUUUCCAUCAUAACGCAAGCAUAAUUCCAACCCAGGAGAAGUGACUGCAUCAAAAAUGUUUUUUCCUAAAAAUUCCUAGAAGCUAAUUUAUCCCUCCCUAAACACACACAUUCUCCUUUUGAAGGCCCUACCCGGAACCUGCAGUGAGGUCACAAUACUGGACAUCGCGGGGCGUGGGGCAGCAUCGAGCCUUCACUGAUAUAAUCCGUGUUCUCCAAACACAGUGGUUCCCAGUGUCCACGUGUGGAGGCGUGUGCUGAAAGGCCACACUCACAUCUAUGUCAUGCACACACAGCAAUUACCUUCAGCACUGACACGGCUGCCUCCUCUCAUUCGCCGAGCUGCUAACGGCUCACACUGUCAUACUCCAUUUCGGAAGAAGUCAUGAUUUCUGUGUGAACGCAGGACGCCGUCUUACAGCAUUGCUUGUGUUCUUUGCGUCUACGUCGCGGUUGGAAACGCUACCCAAGCGCUAUGCGUUGAAGCGGAGGUUUCCUGGAUCUGUCUGUGGCUAUCUUUUUCUACGUUUUUCUCACUCUAGCAAAGUCUGUUCAUGGAGACAUGGGCUGGGGGAUAGGGAAGGACAGAUAAAUCAAGAGAACAGGGAUCAGGGUCCAAUCUUCAAUGUACAGGGCUGAGUUCAAAAUCUAAGCUGUUUCUGUAGUAAGUAGCUGGAUAGGAAAGAUCCCUUCGUUCUGAAUUUGAUGAGAAUGGGCUUGGAAAUCCACUCCCACAGGCUUGCGUGGAAGAGGAUCCAACCUCUUCCUCCUGGUUCAACAUUAAACUGCUGAGGAAAGUGCUGACAGUAUUAGUUCCCUACAUUUACCCACAACUCCCAUCCCGCCCCUGGUGCUACUGAAGGGGGUUUGGGAAAGCCGCCAGAGUUCCUGAGCUGGGAUAUAUAUGGUACCUGCUCUGGUUUUUUUUUUCUGGAAAAACCAAAGCACUUUAGUGAGUCUUACAACCUUAAGGCAUCCUGUCCCCUCCUGGAUUCCCGAGUGUCAACGGUCAGAAGUCUUAUUUGAGAGGUGGCUGAACUUAGGAGCAAAAGCCUUGAGCUAGGAACAAGGAAACUGGGUCAGCAGGCCUGGUUCUGUCACUAGCUCUGCAACCUGGGGCGAGUCUCUUCACUUUGCUGGGCCUCAGGUUCCCAAGUGGAAGACGGGGGGUCGGAACAGCUGCCUUUCUGGGGCAGCAUAAAGAAAAUGGUGUUAAGUGAUGGGAAGUGCUUUGAAGAAGCUAAAGCUCUGUCUCGGAGCUGGGGAUAAUCAUUUACAGAGGAAGAAACUGAAGUCAGUAGUCACUGACCGGCCCAAGUUCAGAGUAGUUUUAUAGCAAAACCGGGACCCGAGUCCAGCUGCCUGGAUUCUUCCCAUUAGAUCGUGCUGCACCAGGUCUGUGCCGACAUGAACACAUAUCAUUCGUCUAACGUGUGUGCACACACAUGGGUGUGUGUGUACAGGAGGCACAUGACAGGGAGAAAGACACAGGACCGAACACCUGAGCUCUGGCUCCGCUGUGACACAGGUCCUGGCCGGGAUCUGGUACCUGGCUUCUCCGGAACCGGUAGAUGACCUUUGUGCUCUAGGUCUCUGACCCCGUGACUGGUGAUGUAUGUAUGUAUAUAUAAAUACGCUUAUCUGUAGAAAUGGGCCUGUUUGAAAAUUGGAGACAGGGCCUGCCCAAGUGCAUUUAUUGUGCCAGAAACAGCAAAUUCCUAAAUAAGUUCAUGGAAUCUUGUUUGACAAUUCAAUGGUAGUGCUGAAUGUGAUUGUCUGAGAUCCACUGUUUAACCACAUAGGUGAUUGGUGCCAUUUAAAAAAUUAUUAGUUCACAAGUGUUUGCUGUUCAAAUUCUUCAAUAAACUCAUUUGUUAAAGUCAGAAAUUCAACUCCUCUAUACUUGGGCGGGUCCCAACAGCCCCUUGCAGGCUGGUUUUGUGCAUGGGCCUUUGCAUAGAUAUAUAAAAGUUAGGUGUUGGCUUGAUCAUGAUAAAUGUACGAGCAGGCUCCCUGCACAACAGUCCAGAAAAAAGAGUUAUGGUUCUCACAAACUGGUGACAUGAAUCCAUUAAGCUGUGUGGCGUUUCCGGUGUAAAGACAUUGUUUGCUGGCUACGAUCUCUUUUUGUGGCAUAUGAGGUGUAAAAUGUUGUCAAAAAAGAAUCUGAUGUUUAAAAGAACCAAACGAUGGUGACAUUAAAUGUUCACUUUGAUUC